AUGGGUAACGAAUUAUAUACAUCGACAACAUUACAUCGAUAUGGACUGCGUGAAAUACUCGUGACUCUGAACUACUGGAAUAAUGAGAUAAAGCCGAAAUAUCGGAAAACAACAUCCCGUAAUGAAAAUGAUGGCUGUAACCUACCUACCAAUUUACAAGGAUCGUUUCUCGACAGCACCAAAGGCUUAUUGAAUUUCAAUACAACUAGUCUCAGUGGGUAUAAUAUUGGUUCUCUAGGAUCGUUUGAAUUCAGCUGUUUUCUGGCGGUCGCUAACAGAUUCAUCUUAGAGUCCAAUACCUUCAAGUAUUUUGAUUUGAACUGGAAAGCGUAUGUUUGUUGGGAUUUGAAUGAAAUAUCGUCGGACCAGUAUUCUUAUUAUGAGAUGUCAAAUCGACUAUCAGAUGCUGGAAAUGAACGAGUCAAGAUGUAUUUAGAAGGACAAACUAUUAAUACUAACGAGAUCUGUGCAUUAUCCUCUCAAAUAUCUGGUUCUUAUAAAAUUCUGUUGAAAAAUGAAUCACUCAGCACAACGAGUACUGCAUGUCCGACAGCAUUACAACAGUAUUUUACCUACACUGUAGAUGUAGGAAACGGUAACGACUCCUGUUCUGACCAAUCUACGUUAUUUGGUGUCUGUUCAGCUACAUCCGAGAUGACAUUCAACUAUACUGCGGGAUGUUCAACACAAAUGAUGGCCUAUUCUUCGACUGGUAUCGUCCAUUGUCUUCAUUCUGUUCAAGCGAAUAAUUUAACAUAUUUAACAGUAUUUAACCGAGAUUAUUCACCAACAGUCAACGAUACCUACCAAUUAACGUGUUUGGUUUUGGAUACCAGUAACACCAGCCAGAUAGAGUUUACCCAAUAUCCCAAACAGUGUCAAGACGACCAGAAUGCCACCUACGUUCCGUCUCCCGGAGCUGCUGCCGUUUUAUCUUACUCUGUUGAAUCAACUACAGCCCUACCUACAACGACUGAGCCAGCUCUUGCUGCUGCGAGUACAGACUGGAUUAUUGCCCUUGUUGUGGUUAUAAUCCUCUUAGUCAUCUUCAUCAGCAUUGUCCUUGUGUACUAUUACAUCAGCUUCAAGAAGGAAUUUGAAGCCAAGCAGAAGAAACUGGACGAUAAACGCGCUGUUGAUACAGUCGAUGGUCGAUACAACGAAGAAGAUGAUGCUUUUGGAGAACGAGGUAAAGCCCCUCCUCAUCUUAGGAUCAUGUUCCCUGAUUACACCAAGCGAUCCAUCAAGAAAUACAAGGGUAAAGUCGAUGUGGAGACUUCGUACGGAUUUGAUGAUUUUGAUGGAGAGUUUGUAUAUGAUAAUGGAUUCGACCCCAUCACAAAAACGUAUGAAGACAAGGCAAGCAAAGAAGAACGUAUGUCUAAUGAUAGUGCCCUUGGAAUGGAAGAAGAUGAUCGUUACAUUCCUCCACCUAUUGCCCCUACUCCUGAACACAGGACGAACCACGAAGUAAAAGCAUUUAGGAAAGUCCACGGGAGACAAGAUUUUAAAAGUGCAGCUGCCCUGACUGACGCAGCCAAUUCAAUGAAUCUCGUCAAAAAGAUCAAGAAAUUCGCCCGAAAGAAGAAACGAAAGUCCGAAAUUUAUCAAACGCCAGAGCCCGGCUUCAACACAAACAGAACAGAAGAUACUCAACGAUCAGCAAACCCCAAUUAUGUUCGAGGUAUUGGAAAAGGACACGAAACUGACCGAGGUCGGGAGUCAAAACGAAAAGUUAAUCCUGAAAACACCAAUCCUAAGAAUGCAACACAACUUGACGCCAUUGACAGUAAUUUAUAUUCUUCCUCCAAGGCCAACCGGUACCAAGACAGUUCAAAACCUUCUGACGAUGACGUUUCUAGUAUUUUAGCGGGCACCGUCUUGAAUGAUUCGGAACACCAAGGAUUCAAGAAACGACUACCAAUGAAGGGGGUACACUAUUCUCCACGUGGACCUGGAGUCAUCAUGGAGGACCUGGAAGAAGAUGUGAGUAAACAGUAUACAGAGGGUUUUGUGUCCAAUGAACCCGAGAGUCCACAAUCGGCUCUACCAAGUGGUCCAUUAUCGACCAGAUUACCACCGUUAACUCCCCGAAAACCAGAGAAGCAUAAGGAACGAACUAAAAGUGGCAGUGAAACAAGCAUGACAGUAACACCGAAUAUGAAAAUUAGAAGAUAUGAAAAUUACGGAGAAGGUGUGAAUCCAAACGAGCCCAUGUCACUCUCUGAUAGAAAUAACUUACAUUAUAUUCAGAGAUUGAACCGUAAAGGUCCCAAACGUCUUGGGUCGUUUCGUCAAAGUAAAAGCGCAGGGUCUCAGGGUGAACUGAAAAGGAAGAAUUUAAGUGAAGAUAAAUAUAAGAAGUUACUUGAAGAAUUAUAUCCGGAUAAAAAAUAUUUUGACUACACUAAAGAUUCUUGCCGUCCAAGUGAAGAAUACCUAUCUAACAAAACAAACGAGGGAUUGGAAUAUUUACAGCAGUGUGCCGAGUAUUGGGAAGAACAUCAAGUUCCAGAGAGACCUCAUUCUACCCCCUCACAGUCUAAAGGUUCUAAAUCAGCUCGCUCGACCAAAGAACGUCAGAGUGGGUCCGGUGGUUUAAGUCGAAACCAAAGUGUCCAUACAUCACAGUAUGGUGGCAACGACAACUUCCCUCCUGCCGUUUCCUAAUUUCUUUUUGUAAACUAUUUAUUCCAACAUAACGAUUAAGGAAGAUGCUUUCGUCUAUAGUGUUGGUCCUAAUUUUGAAAAUUCCAAUGAAUGUUUUUCGGUGUUUUGAAACUAACUAUUUCUUAUUUUGAUUUUCUGGGAGACUUGUGUAUUGAUUUUCAAAACCUGAACGUUACUUUGAUUUCUAUUAAUUAUUAAAACAUCUUUACAUCCAAAUACUUUACGCGGUGUAACUUGGCGGCUGAUUUUUUCGUUGAAAUUGUGCUGAGACUUACUUGAUGAUGUUUUCGACGAUACUACAUUUUUUUUAAAUGUUCCAUGAAAAAAUGGGGACGGACGAUUCCUUGUCGAAACCCAACAUUAUUUCUACGAUUAUUUGUUAUAUUUUGCAUUGUUACGUGUGUUUGAUAUUGAACUGCUAAGAAGUAUUGUUUAAAUUUAUAACAUUUUAAUGUAUAUAUUGUAUAAUUUAUAUUAAUGAUAUGUAAAUUUAUGUACAUACUUAAUUUAAUAUUCAUUAAGCGUGGCGCAUUAUAUCAUGGUUAUUUUGUAUUAAAUGUUUGUGUAUAUACUUUAAAUAAUUACCUACUGCGUGAAGU